AUGUCCAGAAAACGCAAUGCCAUUGUUGCCACCGGCUUAUUAGCUUUUGCAGCUGUGGGCUUAUCAUUUCCCUUUUACAUGGCAUCCAGGUCAUCAAAAAUGAAGCCAGUGAUUGAUUCAUCGAAGCCACUACCACCUCAGGCAACUUUUCGGGGACCUUAUAUAAACACUGGUUCACGUGAUGUUGGACCUGACCAUCAAACUUACCCAAAGAAAUGA